AUGGAUACACAGAACCCACCACAUUCAUCCUCGCCGCAGGCUUCUUCCAUUGACCCCAAAAGCGGUUUCUGUUGCAAGACGAAAACUUUCCAUAGCAUUAGACCUGCAGUUACCCUCCCUUUUCUUCCAACUGCCCCCAUCUCCAUAACCUCUUACAUUUUUCGGUUCCUCCACCAUUCCUCCUCUUCUCCAGCACUCCUUGACCCAACCGUUUCCCUCAGCUACCGCCGGGUAAUCCUCCAUUCCGAACUCGAAUCCCGCGUCAAAUCAUUAGCUUACUCGCUUCAUCAUGAAUUCCGACUCUCCAAAGGCGAUCGCGCCUUCAUUCUUUCCCUCAAUUCGCCCGAAAUUCCUAUUCUAUACCUCGCCUUAUUUGCUAUUGGCGUCCUUGUCUCUCCUUCGAAUCCCGCCAACACCCCGGCGGAAAUUCUCCAACAACUUCGCCUCAGCAAACCUGCCGUCGCUUUUACGAGUUCCGACGACGUUCACAAGCUCCCGUCCUUCCUCCGGCGACGCAAUAAAACACUAAUCCUCCUCGACUCACCGGAUUUUUAUAAGAUGAUGUUGGUUGAGAGCGAAUGCGGCUGUGACUUUGACUUCCGAUCGUUUCAGAUCUCCCAGUCAGAUACGGCGGCGAUUCUUUACUCCUCAGGAACCACCGGGAGUUUUAAGGGCGUGGAAUUGACUCACCGAAACAUCAUUUCGAGUAUCGCCGGCUCACACGCAACUCGUCCGGUUAGGAAAACGCCGGCGGUGAUCUUGUGCGCGCUGCCGGUGUUCCACGUGUACGGAUUUAUGGUCUGUUUGAGAGAGGUGGCGAUGGGAGGCACGGUGGUGUUGACGAAGAAGUAUAAUUUGGAAUCGAUUCUGAGAAACGUGGAUGAGCUGAAAGUCACGCAUUUGGCGGCUGCGCCGCCGCUCGUGGUUGCGAUGGCGAAGACUGGGCGCGUGGCUACUAGGGAUUACGACUUGCGGUCGUUAGAGGCGGUGUUUUGCGGCGGAGCUCAGUUGGUGAAUUCUGUGAUCCAAAGUUUUUGGCGGGAGUUUCCCGGUGUGGCUAUAGCGCAGGGAUAUGGGCUAACAGAAACGACAGCGGGAGCGACUCGAAUCAUUGGACCUAAUGAAAGCCGAGUGUUGGGCUCAGUUGGCCGACUUAUGCCUGGGUGCCAGGCUAAGAUUGUGGAUCCUAAAACCCCAAAUGGACCUGGACUACCCCCACUACAAGAAGGCGAAAUUUGGAUUAGAGGGCUGUACGUAAUGAAAGGAUAUGCGGGUGAAAAAGAAGCAACGGAUGCAAUCAUAGAUUCAGAUGGAUGGUUAAGAACUGGUGACAUUGGCUACUUCGACAAUGAAGGUUUUCUGUUCUAUGUGGAAAGGAUGAAGGACUUGAUUAAGUACAAAGGUUACCAGGUUGCCCCAGCAGAGCUGGAACACCUUCUACAGUCCCAUCCAGACAUAGCUGAUGCUGCUGUAAUACCGUAUCCAGAUGAGGAUGCAGGCCAAAUACCAGUUGCAUUUGUUGUAAGAAAACCUGGAGGGCUUAUCAAUGAAACCCAGAUUAUAGAUUUUGUUGCCAACCAGGGGAAAUAUAAAUCAUGCCAAAUUCUUGUGAACAUAAUGAUUACAACAGGUCAAUUGAUGCUGAAAAGUUCUUAUUAA